AUGCCAGAGAGUAUCCAUAAUCCCAAAAACACGACAGAUCCGGGUACUGAGGCCAAGAAGACGGCCAAGAUAUAUUUCAGUUAUUUGUAUGAUGAAGUUCAGAGACUAAAAGAUGAAGAAGAUCGAGAUCGGUGGAUUCAGGAGCUGGCGGAACGAAAUGAUUUUCUGGAGAAUGAAAUACAACGAAUGGCAGAAGAGAUCAAGCGAUUGAGCCCCAAGAAAGAAAAGGAGGUCGACAAAUAG